GCAGGUUUAGCUGUGAUGCACUGUAUAUAGAGACAAACAGGCUGGAUUGAUACCGCUUUCCUGUAUUCUUUAGCUAUUUAGUUAUUUCUUUUUUGGACUGCUACACAAGAUGACAAUGAUUUAUAAUAGAAGUAAUCUCUUCUGCCUACUCACGGUAUUUUUUAUCCCACUAGCAGUGAAUGGUAAAACAGCACAAUACAUUACCUACGAAGAGGAUGCUGCUGGAACUGAGAUCGGAAACCUAGCGCAGGAUUUGAAGAUCAACCCAGCGGACGACCCCCACACAAGUUUUCGCUUCAUGCAACAACCCAGCUCUUCUCUAAUUCGAAUGAGAGAGACUGACGGACUGCUUACCAUCGGGCAAAGGAUCGACAGGGAGCUCCUCUGCGGACAGUCCCCUGAAUGUCUGAUUUCCUUCGACGUGGUCACCUUUUCCAGAGAGAAGUUUCAACUAAUUCAUGUAGAGGUGGAAGUCAAGGACAUUAAUGACAACUCUCCGCAAUUCCCACACAAUGAAAGCUAUAUUGAGAUGCCUGAGAGCGCUGCGGUGGGUACUCGAUUUCCAUUAGACAUUGCUGUUGACCGGGAUGUGGGCCCCAACUACAUCGACAACUACUACAUUUCAUUCAACAGUCACUUCGGCAUUGAAGUGCGCAGCAGGGAGGAUGGGGUUAAAUUUGCGGAGCUUGUGCUGACUAAAGGACUGGACAGAGAAAAGGAAGAUUCUUACACACUUCAGCUGUCAGCUGCAGACGGAGGUAACCCGGCAAGGUCCGGUUCUGUAACUGUGCAGAUCAAAGUGCUUGACUGUAAUGAUAACAGCCCAGCGUUUGAUCACAGUCUGCUCAAAGUGCAGGUGUAUGAAGAUGCUCCAGUAGGGUUUCUUCUGUGCAAGUUAAACGCUGUUGACCUUGAUGAGGGUAUAAAUGGAGACAUUGUUUAUGGCUUUAAUGAUCAAGUGUCUGCAGAGAUCCGACAAGUCUUUCAAAUAGACCCCUCGUCGGGACGUUUAAGCCUAAAAGGUCUCGUGGAUUACGAGACGAAGAAAAGUUACGAACUGGAUAUCCAGGCAUACGAUUUGGGGCUGAACUCUGUCCCAGCUGUGUGUAAAGUUAUAGUUGACAUUGUAGAUGUAAAUGACAACGCUCCUGAGAUAAGUAUUAAACCAAUGACAUCUAUCAGCGCAGGAGUUGCCUAUAUAACUGAAAGUGCCGCGGAAGACAGCUUUGUCGCUCUGGUCAGCACCUCGGACAGGGAUUCGGGUGCAAAUGGCUAUGUACAGUGCAGCCUCCAAGGACACGAACAUUUCAAACUGCAGGAAGCUUACGGGGACAGCUUCAUGAUUGUCACCACAGCAGCCCUUGAUCGAGAGAAGAUUUCAGAAUACAACCUCACAGUGAUUGCUGAAGACCUGGGGUCUCCUCCAUUUAAAACCAUUAAACAGUACACCAUCAGGAUAAGCGACGAAAACGAUAACGCGCCUUUUUUCAGCAAGUCGGUUUACGAGGUUUCGGUUCUAGAGAAUAAUGUUCCGGGCUCAUACAUUACCACCGUGGUGGCACGAGAUCCGGAUCUGGGUCACAAUGCUAAAGUCACUUACAAACUGAUCGAUGCAGAAGUAUAUGGAGGCGCUCCUCUGUCUACCUUUGUCACAGUGGACCCAGUCUCGGGGUCGAUAUAUUCUGUAAGAUCUUUCAAUUACGAAUUAAUUAAACACAUAGAAAUUACAAUCCAAGCAAGUGAUGAAGGAUCUCCACAACUGUCAACUACUGCUCUGAUCAGGGUAAAAAUAGUGGAUCAAAAUGAUAAUUCUCCUUUUAUUACCUAUCCUAUUUUACAAAAUGGAUCUGUUGAUGUGCGCAUGCCCAAUAAUGCGCCUGCUGGUUACCUUGCACUGCAGAUCAAGGCACGGGAUGCUGACGAAGGGAUGAACUCUGAACUGUCCUACAGAAUUUUGCAAGAUCAGCAACAGUUGUUCACCGUAAACAGACAAACAGGGGAAUUAUCUCUGAAAAUGGGACUAGCUUUUGUCUCUGGUGACACUGUAAAAGUCAUUGUUGCAGUAAACGAUAAUGGAAGACCAGCACUCUCAUCCACCGCUACUCUUAACUUCAUUGUAACUGAAAUGUCUCAAUUUGACGAACAGAUAGUGGUUGUUUUACAGUCAAGCGACGAAGAGCCCCCGCAGUGGGGUAUUUCAUUAAUAGUGAUCAUUGUGCUAGGCGGGGGUUGCGCUUUGCUACUGAUUACAAUUGUAGCUAUUGCGGUCACCUGCAAAAACAAUCAAUUAUUACAAAACUACGACACAAAAAAAGACAUGAAAAACAGGGACUUGGAAACAAAUCCAACGGCAUUAAGUGGUUCCCAAAACGACGCAUCUGUAUAUUUUGGAUCGAUAACUAUCAUAAAUGACCGAGUUGGAAACUCAGAAAUUGGAGAAGACUCAAGAUGCCUGUAUGAGAAGGAGAGCAGAGAUUCAGAGACGAAGGUGUUUAUACCGAGUACCUCUUUCAGUCAAAAACAGUUUAAACCAGUUUCCAUAUGGCGAGAUGAAAAGUACAGUUUAAAUCUCAGUGGCAUUCCAAACACUGAUCAGUUGAGCACAAAGGACAGUGGCAAAGGAGACAGCGACUUCCAUGACAGUGAUUCUGAUAUCAGCGGAGACCGGUCGAGCAAAACACAGACCACUUUCAAUGUAGUCCAAAAUGGUACAUUUCACCCAACAGAUAAUAGACUUCCUGACUCUGAAUCAUCAAACUGCAUGGUUCCAACCAAUAGACCUUCAACCUAUGGCAAUGGUUAUUCAAUUCCAUACUCCCAUGCACCCAUAUAUAACCAGCUGACUGCCUGGAAAGCAUCAUAUUACCGUACAGACAUUCCCAAAACCAAAGGCUUGCUACAGGCCAUUCCCAGAACAGGCACAUUGCCAGCCCAGUUCUAUCACCAUAACCGAAGAGCAACAACCCACACUGUGCCUCAACAAGACAGCCAGCAGUUUCUAGAACCCAUUGCAUUACCUGAGGUUGCCACUUCUUUUUAAAAAGAAAUACAGAAAUCCUUUACAUUUCAAGAUACAAAAAUGUCAUGCCGAAAACAAGAAUGUUUCCCCUAAUAUUAGCAUUCUGCUUGCAGGCCUGUAUAAAGUGUGUUCAUAUUUAUUUGAAUAGACUGUAUAUCUGUAAAUACUGUAUUGAAUUGUGUUUGUAUAUAAGAAUCUGUAAUCAUGUGUUUCAUAUUAGAACAUUUGUUGUGUUUUUUUAAUUUUCUAUAAAACCUCUGUUUGCUCACUGCUAUUGUA